AUGGGCCGGCAACGACGGCGGCAAAAACACUCACCUUGCGCCUCUUUGCCUCCUCAUCGCUUUAGCCCUCGUCUGAAACUCGUCAUCUCUUCUCGCAGCGGCGGCGGCGGCGGCGGCGGCGGCGGCCAACGAGAUUCGUCAUCGCUGUGCACCGUGUGUACGUGUUUUGUUAUGACAGUUGCUCGGUUAAAAUCAUUUAAACUUAAAAGCGCGGAAAAGAAUGCCGGAACGGCCGCCGUCAGCAAAAAACUAACGACGACGGGCAAACGUCCUCACGUGUCGGUCUGA